CGUCCUCCUGAAGGACCCCACAGAUCCAACAUGGCGGCCUCCGUGCGGGCUUGUUUUGCCCUCCGUUUCUCACUCGGAGCUCCCCUCCAGGCCAGCGGGGCUGCUGUGGUUCUUGGCUCUCUCCAGCGGACCCUCCUCCAGCCAGUCAGGCAUGGAAGCUUCUUCAACAAGUUAACAGCCGAUGAGCUGUGGCGGGGGGUCCUGGCAGAGACGGGGGCCGGCGCCCGGAAGGGCCGCGGGAAGAGGACCAAACGCAAGAUGAAGACCGACCUCAACAGGGGCCAAAACAUCGGAGAGGGGAGGGCGGGCUUCCUGUGGCCUGGGCUGAACGCCCCGGUGUUCCGGGCCGGAGCGCCGCAGGCCGUCUCCAGACGGGGGGACGCAGAGCAGCUAGAGAUGCAGGCAGAACUAGUGCGUUCCAGAGAUGAGUGGGAGAAGAGGAGGAGGAUGAAGGUGAAGAGAGGAAGAGGAUGGACCGGAAACUCCUGGGGGGGCAUCAGUCUGGGGGCCCCGGACCCUGGGCCAAAUGGGGAGUCAUUUGAAGACUUUGAUUCACGUGUGAUUGAGGUGAAGAGUGUUUUCAACAUGACAGCCAAGGAGGGGAGGAAGAGGUCCAUCAGCUGUCUGGUGGCCGUGGGCAACGGCAACGGGGCAGCAGGGUUUGCUCUCGGUAAAGCAGCUGACAGGACAACAGCCCUGAGAAAGGCGAAGAAUCGAGCGGUCCACUACCUGUACUACAUCGAGAGAUACGACAACCACACCAUUUAUCACGACAUUGAAUCUACGUUUAAGAAGACGACCCUCCGCAUGAAGAAGCAGCACCAAGGUUACGGUCUCCACUGCCACCGGGCGGUCAUCACUAUGUGUAAACUGAUGGGGAUUCAGGACAUGUACUGCAAGGUGGACGGCUCCACCAACCUGCUGAACAUCACUAGGGCCCUGUUCACCGGCCUAGCCAAUCAGGAGACCCACCAGUCGCGGGCCGACCGGCAGCGCCUGAACGUGGUGGAGUUCCAGGGGGAGCGGGGGCCCCUCCCCCUGCUGGUGGCGCGGCCGGAGGGCGGGGCCCGGCCCGACGCGGAGCCCCAGGACCACGCCCCGGACGCCCGGCUGCACUGGGCCGACGUGCGCGUGGCGCAGGGCUCCAAGCGCUCCGUCUGGGCCUCGGCCAAACGCACCAUCUGGUAACCACGACGACGCCGCAUCAGGACCGCCCAGGAGACGGGGCCACUGGGGACCUGGACUGCCCCUGACAUCGUCAUGACGACAGGACAUGACGUUUCAUGACGACGUGUCAUGACGUACAACCACCAACAUACAAAGAGGUUAAAACAGAAAUGAGAGGAUGUUCCAAUGUCAUAUUCUGGGUCAAACCUGAACACAAUAAAACAUGCCACAGUUUCAA